UCACCCACACACGACACACACUCUACAGCAACGCCAUCGCAUCUACAUCGAGAACUGGAAAUACGUAUAUAGUCGCAAAAACAUUGACUGUCGAUAAAAUCGCCAUUUGAUAUGCGUCAAGUGUAUUCCAUUUCGUGCACGUGGUCGUUUUCCAUUUAUCUGAAAAGUUUAAAUUGAUUAUAUAGAAAUGACUGAUGCUAAGAUAAAGAAACGUAAAGUUUCUAAGAAAACAAAGAAAUCUUGGCGCAAGCACGUCGACAUUAAGGAUGUUGAUAAAUUUUUAGAGAAUAAAAGAUUAGAAGAAAGAUUGGGAGCUCCUUUCUCGGAGCGUGUGGAUUCUCAGUUAUUUGUCGUCGACAAGUCUGAACCUGUUAGAAAUGUUUCUUCCAAAAAGGCUGCCAGGCUAGCCUUAAAGAGUAAGGAACCAAAAUGUUUCGCUUCUCUAAAACCACAUACAGAAGUUCCUGAUCCGAUUUGUAAAAGGAAUCAUGUAAAAAUCAAGAAGAAAAAAGAAAUUUUAAAGAAUAGAAUACUCACAAAAGUUGCUACAAAGAAUGAUAAGAAUGCUAAUAAGAAUAAUAAGAAAGAAGAGACUAAAAGUGAUGUAUGGACUACUACAAAAUUAUUGCCAGAAACAAUCACUGAAUGGAUGUCUUCGGAUGGCAUUAGACAUACAAUCAAACAUUUAGGAGUCCAAAAAAGAAAAUUGCCUUCAUCAUUGCAGAAAAAGCCAUCUAUUUUACCAGCAAUAGAAGCGCCACAUCCAGGUACAUCUUAUAACCCAUCAUAUACUGAUCACCAAGAUUUGCUUCAUCAAAUUGCUCAGGAAGAAUUAAAACUUAUAAAACAAGAGGAACAUCUUGAUCGAGUUACUACUAAAAUGUUCAAAAAGAUAAAAGAGGAAUAUUUAAUGAAAGAAAUGUUAGAGGGUUUGUCAACAAAGCAAACGACAGAAAACUCUGCUGAAGAAGACAAUAAUGAGGAAGAUUUGUCUAUUGCAAUGGCAAAUAAUAAACCUGUAAAAAAUGCCAAAAAAACGCUCGUACAGAGAAGAAAACAACGAGAACAAAAGCAAGCAGCUAAUGAACGUACAUUGAUCAAACAGAAAAGGAAAAUUGCUGAUAUCUACAAAUUAAAAAAUUUACAACAACAAAUACAGGUUAAAGAAAAGAAGCAAGAACUUUUAAGACAAAAACGAAUGAAGAAACGUGAAAGAGAAUCUGUUAUGCCGAAGAUUAGUAAGAUUAAAUUUGAACCCUUAGAGUCUGACUUUCAGCUUGCAGAAGAGUUGACUGGCAAUUUGAGAAAUUGUAUGCCUUCCAAAAAUUUAUUGAAAGACCGGUACAAAUCACUUCAACAGAGAAAUAUUGUUGCACCAGCUGUCAUAAAAUUGACACGUGACAAAGCAAAGGUGAAGAAAUUUAUAAAGCCAGAUCAUAAAAUAAACCUGGAUGCUGCUAAGUUACGACUUCACAAUAAGGUUUAAUGCUCUUAUUAAUUUAAUAUCAUACAUAUUUUCUAUAUGUAAUAUAUAUUGAU